GUGAUUAUUCCUAAAUUAACAAGAUCUAUCUUUGACUAGAAAUGUCAUUGCGCCUGUCGUUGUCAAAAGAAUAUUCCGUUUAGUCAAGUGACGCCAUUGUGAGCCGUAACGACUUUUGUGUGCCGAAGGUUUAAUCUGGAUUUACUUAAACAAUCUUGGAGUAGAAUAAAAAUAUAAAUAAAAAUGACGGACGCUGAUAUGCCCACUUUUAAGCUCGUGUUGGUUGGCGAUGGUGGUACCGGAAAAACCACUUUCGUGAAACGUCACUUGACUGGUGAAUUCGAAAAACGAUACGUUGCCACACUUGGUGUCGAAGUGCAUCCUUUAGUGUUCCACACAAACCGCGGCCCCAUCAGAUUUAAUGUUUGGGAUACAGCUGGCCAGGAGAAAUUUGGAGGCCUAAGAGAUGGUUACUACAUUCAAGGUCAAUGUGCUAUCAUAAUGUUCGAUGUAACCUCCCGUGUCACUUACAAAAAUGUACCAAACUGGCACAGGGACUUGGUGCGUGUGUGUGAAGGCAUUCCAAUUGUACUGUGUGGCAACAAAGUUGAUAUCAAAGACAGAAAAGUUAAGGCAAAAACAAUUGUAUUCCACAGGAAAAAGAACCUUCAGUAUUAUGAUAUCUCAGCUAAAUCAAACUAUAAUUUCGAAAAGCCUUUCCUAUGGCUUGCAAGAAAAUUGAUUGGUGAUGGCAACUUGGAAUUUGUAGCUAUGCCUGCCCUGGUACCUCCAGAAGUUACAAUGGAUCCACAACUGGUGAACCAAAUCGAAAAAGAUCUCAAGGAAGCCCAAGACACUGCUCUGCCAGAGGAGGAUGAAGAUUUGUAAAUACAGCUUACAUAACAACAUUCUAAAUGCCAGUUUUCUAUUUAUAUUUGUAUUACACAGCAUAUUAUGUAAUUUAAACAUAUUUUGUUUGCUUAACAAAUGUUAAGUCUAAAUGCUUGUGUACAACUUGAACGAAAACUGGAAUACCUGUGGUUAUCACAUAAAUUGUCAUAAGUUUCCAUUCCAUUAGGUUCUGAUGAUCAAGAAGUACCUACACUAUGUUUAAAUGUAAAAUUAAUUAACUUAUUGUGCAACACAUUUCAAUAUAAUUAAUAGCAUUUGAAUGUGUUUCCUAGUUAAAUAAUUCACAAAUUUAUAGUCCUUAUCAAAGUAACAAGUUUUAAAAUCACAAAUAGCUUUGUUUCCAUGAAAUAACAAUGUUAUGUAUCCUCAAUAUUCAACAUUAGUCAUUGUGAACUAGUUACAUUAAUUACUUUAAACAAUAUUAUUUGUAUUUAUUUAAGCCAGUCAAACCCAUAAUGCUUUUUUUUUACUUCUGUUACCUAAUAAAAUUGUUGGGUCAUUGUCAGUACAUAAACUAUUACAUAGUGAAUAAUAUUCUAACAACUCACAGGUAAUAAGUAUAUGUACAUAAUAAUAUAUUCAGUGAUCUGUAACUUUUGUUAAAUCUAAGGACUGACAAUAUUUCAUUAUAAAAUUGUGGUGAUACUUUUUAAUAAAGACAAAAAAGAAAA